AUGUCGGGUGCCAAUAGUUUGCAUCCUGGAAACUAUACAUCGAUGCCCACUCCCACUAUUGUGGUGAACGAAACAUCCACUCUGAGCAUGCCACAUAACACUGUGACAACUUCGUCUCAAUUGGACGCUGAGGAGACUCCUAAUAAACUGUCCUGGCCAGUUGGUCAAUUCAAAAGGCUAAAGAAUCAGCCAAUUGACUUGAAAUCCUGGAUUGACCUAUAUCACCUUUUGUACUCUCAGGAGAGGGUUCAGAAGGCCAAGAACGUGGUCAAGCAGCGGUAUAUGUCCGCCUCCAAGCUUGUACUGAAGGAGUCGGUAAAAGGCUUGAUCACGGCUAUUCCGCCGAAGUUGAAUAGCACGUUGAAUGCCUCGUCCUUCGAAAGCGCAGACACAUUCAACUCUAGUAGCCUUUUGAGGAAGCUACUUGGAAAGGAUCUCGAAACUGAGUCUGAGGAGUCUGACAGCUGCUCCGGUUCAGGGAACUGCGAGGAAGACAAGUACUCCUGGGACUACGACUACGAGAGUUGGGCCAAGCGCAACAGAACUGUUGAGGUACCUAAGGAGCCUGAGGUGCCCAAGAAGCUUGAGGUAGCUGAAGAACCCGAGGUGCAAAAGCCAAGGUUCAAUUUUACUAAUUAUACAGUUUCAAGGCCUUCUGGUAGGCCUACAAGACCUCCAGCGGUGAUAUACCCUGAGUUCUUGAAUCACACCAACUCUAGCAUAGAAGCACUCGAGGAGGCAAAUGCCGCUCAAACUACUUGGGUGCCCUUGUGGGGCUGCUUGCUUCCUAUUGUCGUCCAUCAAUUAAUAUAA